GGGCGCCCGGCUCGAACGCCAUUAACGCGGCCGUCGUGAAUGAACGCCGACCUCGACCGGGUGGCUAGCGUCCAUUGAUAGGGCGCGCGCCGGCCGACGACCGAGCUGGACGGGGGCGGCCGCGAGCACGCCCUCGCCGCGCACUCGCUCAGUCGAGGAUGUGGCGUUCUCCGCGCGACGACACUCUCCGCGUGCGAAAUCUGUGUUCAUUUAUCAUUAGAUCGCUCGUGACCCUAUAGUGUGAUCACCGUGCCGGUUUUUCGUAGUUUCCUAUACGUAAUGUUCUGUGAUCGCGUCAAUUGUUAGAGCAUAAGUAAAGUAAUAAUCGGUGGUACCGUGGAUAGUGGAGUGGCGCGUGCGCCGGUGUGUUGUGUGGUGUAAAAGCGCGGUGGGACCGCGUGCGCUGUGUGUGGCGGGGUGCGGGGAUGCGCGCGUGCCAUGCUCUCGGUGAUCGCGAUGCGGCGGCCGGAGGACGAGGAGCUGGGCGGGCGCGGCGACGGCGACGAGUUCGUGGACAUCUCCCAGAUGCAGCUGCUGGUGGAGGCGGGCCCGAGCGGGUUGCACUACGCGGGCCCGCCGCCGCCGCUGGCGCAGCCGCAGCCCUACGUGCAAGGCCCGCACCAGCCGCACGCGCCGCACCCGCCCAAUACCACCGCCUCUGUCGACGACCUGUUCGCGCUCUACUUUACUCCCGCCUCGCACGGUGAGCAUUUUGGUACAUUACCAGGCGAUGAGCUAUCGCUAGCUUGUUCACCACGACGACACAAACAUGAAUCGUCGUUAUCCCCGGGCGCUCGCGCCGAGGACGCGAGCAACGCGUCGAGUGCGAGCGCGUCCCUGUACGGACCGGCGACGGGCGGCAAGCGCGCGCCCAGCCCGCCGCUGCAGUGGCUGCUGCCGCCCGGGCCCGGGCCCGGCAGCGUCGACAAGUACUUCCAAGAGGAGUACGAGCAGCGCGUGGAGCUGCUGCCGCCCGAGUGCCAGGCCUACUGCGCGCCCCCGCAGCAGUGUCCCGCGCCGCAGCACUGCGAGUACCGGCCGCCGCCAGCGCAACCGCCGCACACGUGGGACGCGCACGAGUACGCGCCGCCGCAGCCCACACCCGGGCCCUCGGGGCUACCCAAACGCGAGCCCUACCCCACGCCACCGGCCGGUGAUCGGCCCGUGCAGCUAGCCGAGUACAACCCUUCCACGAGCAAAGGCCACGAGAUCCUCUCGCAGGUGUACCAGCAGAGCGCGCAGCCUCUGCGGCUCGUGGCUGUCAAACCGCGCAAGUACCCCAACCGCCCGAGCAAGACGCCCGUGCACGAGCGGCCGUACGCGUGCCCGGUCGACGGCUGCGACCGCCGGUUCUCCCGGUCGGACGAGUUGACGCGGCACAUCCGCAUCCACACGGGGCAAAAGCCGUUCCAGUGCCGCAUCUGCAUGCGCUCGUUCAGCCGGUCGGACCACUUGACGACGCACGUGCGGACGCAUACGGGCGAGAAGCCGUUCGCGUGCGACGUGUGCGGGCGCAAGUUCGCGCGCUCCGAUGAGAAGAAGCGGCACGCGAAGGUGCACCUGAAGCAGCGGCUGAAGCGCGAGCGCGGCGGCAGCGGCGGCCACCACGAGCCGCACGCGCCGCUCUAGCCCGCGGCCGCCCGCUCGCCGCACUCGCUCCAUUCCAGCGGCGACGAGUCCGCGACAUCGCACCCGCCCCACUUGUCCGACUCAGAGGACGAUUGAACUUUACUACUUUUCACGUUGAAGUUAUCAAAUAAUUUCAUCGCUUAGGUGUAAAUGAAAUGUCUUUAACGAAGCUUUAUUAACUCUACAUUUGUAAAUUCACUGAAAUUUAUAUCUUUUUAUACAUAUUUGUAAUUAUUACGAUAGGGAAUGAUCAGGUGAAUGUAUUUAUUUUGUUUAGAUAGGCUAAUUGAAUGAAUUCGACUGGGAACAAACAUAGAUACGAAGAGGUACGGCCUAAAAUGUCCGACGUCGACGUUGUUUUUCUACGAGAAAAAUGCAAGAUCCGACCGAGCGCACAGCGCACGUCACACCACUACCGCCGCGUCGUCGGUGUAGUGAGUAAACAUAUCUGUCCUAUAAGAUAAAAAAUAUUGUCACUGUAAUUGAAUCGAUCAUUAAUUGUUCUAUUUGCUGUGAGUGAAUUGUUAAGUGAUCGUGGAAAAGUGAUACAAAUGAGCCUAUUCACAAGCGCGAACGGAGUUAGAAGACGUCUGCCACCGCCGUAGCCUGCCCGCCUGUACUGUGUUGGUACCGGCCAGUUUACUAGCAGAGAUGUCGGUGGCAAGCGUGCUCUACACGCGACUGCCUAUCUUAAGUAAUUGUAUAAUUAUUACUCUUAUAUACUUGAACUAACGUGAAACUGUGCCAUUAAUUUAACUUUACGACGUGCCACUGCAGUUUUUAUUUUAAUACUAUUAAGGUAACGCGACUGCUGAUUAAGUGAUAACUAUAAUUAUUUUUGUUUUAUUAUAUUUCUAGUCGAAGAUAUAUGUAGAGGUGAAAAUAUCGACUACUACGUUCGUUUUAUAGAUGAAUUAUAUAUAGGAGUAUAUAUAUAUAUAUAUAUAUAAAUUAUAUUUGUCGACAGCUGCUGUCAAGGUCUUCUCUUGCUCAAAGAUUUAAUUUAACAAAUUUUGCUCAAGCUGCUUCUAUUAGAUAAACUUGGGUUUCUAGUUUCAAUAUCAUUUCGUUGUAUUUGCGAUAUUCAGCUCUACCGGAACCUAACGCACUUGUUCUGUAAUCUCACUAACUUUCCCUUCUACAGUGGCAUUCACAUACUUUUAUAAUGUGCGUAUUAUAGACUAAUCUAGUAAAGGAAUAGUUAAUAGCGUUUAUGAUCUCUUAAUCAUUAUUAAUUAUUUUCGAGAUAGCUGUUAUUUAUAAAUAAAUACUCAUAAGUUUUUGUAUAGAUAUAAAUAAUGUAAGAUUAAUUUCAUAGGUUUCCGUUACUGUGAUUACGUUGCUACGCGAUUCGCUAUUUGGUCAAGUGUGGCAGGAGGCCGCCUCUACCGAUAUUACAACAAUUCUGUUGUUCACUAAUAAGUUCAUUUUCUUCGCAACUCUAUAUACCCAAGCACAAAAUUAGCCUUAUGAACAUUAUCUUUAUACAUGUUGUUAGUAUAGUGUGUGUUGUUUAUAAAAUUGCCUUCGACUUAUGAUGCUAUGGUAAUUCGGUAGUUUCAUAUGAUGAAUCAAUUUUGACAUUCAAUGUUCACUGUAGGAUAGUUCUUUCCAAAGUAUAAAAUGAAAUGUAAUGCAAUCGUAACAAUUUGAAUCAAACCAAUGGAAACUAGAGAUUGUAAUGUCACCGAAAUUGCAGUGAUAAACACUACAGGGUGGGCCUUUCAGUAAUGUCGGUCAUUAUGAAUUUAGGAUAUCUGACAAUAAUGUUACUAACUCUUGCGCCUACAUUUCUUACUGCACAUGGGAGCGGUUCGUAGAUACUGUGGUAUUUGAAGUAAUGGGCAUUAUGUAAGGAUAAGCGUAGCACAAGUUUGUUAGUCGUGCGGUCGCACCUGGCGCCUGCCCGCUCCCGCAGUCAAACCCCGCGCCCGCUCUGCUCAUAAGCAUGUGGUGUACGAGUUUAUAAUGUUUAUACUGUUGUAGGAGAGACGAAGUCUCCAAUAGACAAGGCUAGCGUAGAUAGGUUUUAAUAAAGCGUUUUCAUGUUAGUCAAAACGAGUGACAAUUGAAACGAAAAAGACUAAAUUCUUAACAUUUUACGUAAUGUUGCAUCGCGUUAUCGUUAUUGAUAUACGGUGUUGUAUUAGGUUACGAUUUGCGACUACCAUUGUUUGUUACCUGCCGAGCCGCGCGCCGCGCCGCUCGCAGCCUCACACUCGCCACACGUCACUAUCUAGCUCUUAGACGACUACUAGAACAAACUAUUUGUGGUGUUCACCUGAUAUGAUAGUGAAUGGGUACGAAUUCUUUACGAAUUUUGUGCAUGAUGUAUUGUUUAAGCUAUCUUAUAUGUAUUUCACCAGAGUGAAAGAUGUUGUUGAUGUUCUAUAAUAUAAAUAGUUGUAAGUCGUAGGUAUUGUUAAAUCUCACUAAUUUUUACUAAAUUCUAUUUAAUAUAUUUGUAAAUACACUCUAAAUUCGGAUUUAAUGUGUAUAUAAGAGAAAAAGAAAAUUUUUAUUUAAUACAAUCCACCGGAGGUGAGAUGAAUACAUUGUUGGAAAAACAUA